UUUCUUUUGAAAAACAUUAAAUUGUGAUAUUAAAACUAUAUGACAUAAAGUUUACCAUCUAAACCUGGCAGGGAUGGGGGCAAGUGCCUACAAUCUCAGUGCUUAGGAGAUGGAGGCAGGAAGAUCAGGGGUUAAAGGUCAGCCUGCAUUACAUGAGACCCUGUCUCAAAAGGACCAAGUAAUUAAUACUACUAGUAAUUCGUAGUAUAGCAAUAGCACUAUUUGGGAGCUGGUGAUACAGCUGUGGUAGAACUCUUACCCAGAAUGUUCGAGGCCCUAAGUUCAAUGCUGAGGACAGCCAAAACUAAAAUAAACAGUACCAUGUUGUUUGGGGGCUUUUGUUUGUUUUCCUUUCCUUCCCUUUCUUUUGAAUGAAUCUCACUAUGUAGCCCUGUCUGGCCUGGAAUGCACUAUGUAGAUCAGGCUGGCCUCAUACUCAAAGAGGUCCGCCUGCGUCUGCCUCUAGAGUGCUAGAGUUAAAGGUGUGCCCAGCAACACCCGGUCUUGUUUGGUUUUUGAGACAAGGUCUCAUGUAAUCCAGGCUGACCUCAAACUCUCCAUUUGCAAAAAACAAAAACAGAUUUAUCGAGUGUACUGAAAAAUGGUAGCAGGCUGGACAGUAACUAGACAGGGUCUCACAGUGGAGUACAGAAUGACCUUGAACUCUCCAUCCUCCUGCUUUAGCCUACAGAGUGCUAGGGAUUAAAGGGGUGUCCCUUUAAUCAUUUAUCGUUUAAUAAGGUUGAACAAUAUUCCAUUGUGCCUAUGGACCACAUUCUCUGAUCCACUCAUCCAUCCAUGGGCACGUGGCUCAUCCCAACACCUCUUGGCUACUGUGAAUAAUGCUGAAUCUCAGGCACACGGGAUCUAGGCUCAAACUAGACUCUGAGAUGGGAUCACGGCAUCACAGAAAUACUUUGAGCACACCCUCAGGCUACCGGAAGCUCCCAGUGCCUGCCUGCCUCCUUCCUCUCUCCUCCCUCCCUCCUUUUCUUUUUCUUUUCUCUUUUCUUUUUCUUUCUUCCUUUCUUUCUUUCUUUUUCUUUCUUUCUUUCUUUCCUUCCUUCCUUCUUUCUCUCUCUCUCCUUCUUUCUUUCUUUCUUUCUUUCUUUCUUUUCUUUCUUUCUUUCUUUCUUUCUUUCUUUUGUUUUGUCUGUCCUUUCAAGACAGGGUUUCUCUGUGUAGCCCUGGCUGUCCAGGAACUCACUCUGUAGACCAGGCUGGCCUUGAACUCAGAUCUACCUGCCUCUGCAGCUACCACCCAGCAGCUCCCAGUUCUUUAAUCCUAGGCUACACCUACAGAUGUGCUCAAGGUAUGUACAGAACACUCACCCUGGAAUCCCUUCAGCUGCCCAAGAGAGUAGGAUCACCAGCAAGGGUAAACCCUGCCUGCUCCUCAGGAAGACCAGGUUUGGCUCAGGGCACUGCGGUCACUCAAGUUGGCAUGCUCUGGGUAUCAGCCUUAUGUAUGUAUACUCAAACACAAGGACAAGGCUCUCCCAGCCUGGCAUAAUAACUUCAGAUGCAAAGCAGGCCAUGAGUCAUUGGUGCUCAGCUAGCCUCACUUUACCUAGGCAGUAGUCAUUCUGAGACUCCAUGCCUUGGUACCCAACUUACUCCUUCAAAGUCAGGUGAGCAGAUUGUGAGCAUGACAGUGAGACCAUUCUGUGAGUCUUGUUUCCAUGUCACUGAGGCUCGUAGUGUCUGAAGGCCAAAUCCAGACCCUGCACCCAGGCUCUGUGUUUCCAGCCCCAGUCCAGCGCAUAUCCUAGUCCAGCUGGCUCUCCGGAACAAGAGGGAUGGGUGAGCAGAAAGCUGAGUAGCCUAGCAACACAGGACACAGGAUCCUCACCCAGGGGAAGCUGUCCCCAGCCUCUCGCCCUUAAGGAGGAGGGCAAUCAUGGCAUCUGCCAGGAGCCCUGGCCCAGGCCACCCUAGCCAUGCCACACCCUGCCACUUCUCUCCAGACAGCAAGGUUUCCUUUCCAGAGCAGCAGGGGUGGGGUCAGGGUGGAGUCUGAGGAUGAGGGAGGGACACUGAGCGUCUCAAGCAAGAACCCUCUAAGUCCCAGCUCCCCUUCUACUGCCACCCCUCCACCAGCCCCAGCCAUGCAGGGAGCCUGGGUAGUGCUGCUGCUGGGCCUCAGGCUACAGCUGUCCUUUGGUGUCAUCCCAGGUAAGAAUGCUCCCUACCUGCUUGUCCCCGCUCACAAACACAGCCUUGUGGCUGACAACUACCUCUGCUCUCCCCCUUGGCCAGUGGAAGAGAAGAACCCAGCCUUCUGGAACCAAAAGGCAGCUGAGGCCCUGAAUGCUGCCAAGAAGCUGCAGCCCAUUCAGACAUCAGCCAAGAACCUUAUCAUCUUCCUGGGGGACGGAAUGGGGGUGCCCACAGUGACAGCCACCAGGAUCCUAAAGGGACAGUUGGAAGGCCAUCUAGGACCUGAGACACCCCUAGCCAUGGACCGCUUCCCAUACAUGGCUCUGUCCAAGACAUACAACGUGGACAGACAGGUCCCAGACAGUGCAGGCACAGCCACCGCCUAUCUCUGUGGGGUCAAGGCCAACUACAAGACCAUUGGCUUGAGCGCAGCUGCCCGAUUCGACCAGUGCAACACCACGUUUGGCAACGAGGUCAUCUCGGUGAUGUAUCGUGCAAAGAAAGCAGGAAAGUCUGUGGGAGUGGUGACCACCACGUCGGUGCAGCACGCCUCCCCAGCUGGCACCUACGCGCACACGGUGAACCGUGACUGGUACUCGGAUGCAGACAUGUCUGCCUCAGCGCUGCAGGAGGGCUGCAAGGACAUCUCUCUACAGCUCAUCUCCAACAUGGACAUUGACGUGAUCCUCGGCGGUGGCCGCAAGUUCAUGUUUCCCAAGGGAACACCAGACCAGGAAUAUCCAGACAACGCUGGCCAGGCUGGAACCAGGCUGGAUGGACAGAACCUCGUUCAAGAGUGGCUGGCAAAGUAUCAGGGAGCCAAAUAUGUUUGGAACCGCACAGAGCUCAUUCAGGCGUCCCUGGCCCCAUCUGUGACUCACCUCAUGGGCCUCUUUGAGCCUGAACACAUGAAAUAUGACAUCUACCGAGACCCUACCCAGGACCCCUCCCUGGCGGAGAUGACAGAGGUGGCUGUGCGCAUACUGAGCAGGAACCCCCGAGGCUUCUACCUCUUUGUGGAAGGGGGCCUCAUCGACCAUGGCCACCAUGAUUCUGUAGCUUAUCGUGCACUGACUGAGGCCGUCAUGUUCGACUCAGCCAUUGAUAAAGCGGACCAGCUCACCAGUGAGCAGGACACGAUGAUCCUUGUCACUGCUGACCACUCCCACGUCUUCUCCUUUGGUGGCUACGUACCUCGAGGGAACUCUAUCUUCGGUAGGCCAGGGGACAAGGCAAAUGUAUCAGUCGCACGCCAGAGAUUUUUCUGGGCCUCAAGUGUGUAUAAAGACACGGUACCUGCCUUGCAGGGGUUGGUGAAGACAAGCCAGUUGCCAGGCAAAGGUGAAGAUUGUGGGCUACAUGGGCUCCAAGCCAGGGCAGUCGCAAAAUGUCUGUCUGUGCAGGGCUGGGGGCCCCCUUCAAUGCUCUGGAUGGCAAAUCCUUUACCUCGAUCCUAUAUGGCAACGGUCCCGGCUAUAAACUCCAGAAAGGUGUCCGGCCAGAUGUCACUGACAAGGAGAGCCGUGACCCCAAGUACCGGCAGCAGGCAGCUGUACCGCUGUCUUCAGAGACCCACGGCGGGGAGGACGUGGCGAUAUUCGCGCGUGGCCCACAGGCACACCUGGUGCACGGAGUGCAGGAGCAGAACUACAUCGCACACGUCAUGGCCUUUGCAGGCUGCCUGGAGCCCUACACGGACUGCGGCCUGGCGCCCCCUGCCGGCCAGAGCAGUGCAGCGAGCCGGGGCCAGACCUCCACCCUGAUGCUCCUGUUGGCAGGGACAGUGUUGAUGGUGGUGGCAGCUGACUGAUGGUGAGCCCUGACUACCUGAGCUCACUGGACUCCACCCUAGUACCCCACAGCCGGCUCCAGUGUACCACGCUGUUGCUCCUCUCUGGACGCCUCCUGUCCCUCGGGUUCCCUGAACCUUGGCUUCAGGUUUCGAAUCUCAGAUCUAACUCAGGUUGCCAAUCCUGCCAUUCUAUGGUGAACUCCAACAACGGAUCUCACUCAGAGUGUUACAACCGCCUCAGAACCUGGAGCACUCCCCUCCCAGACCACCACAGCCUAACAGGAUGCCCAGCAGACUGAGGGAAUGCCAUUCACAGCCACCCCUGGCCAGCUCUCUCUGGUGUUUGCCACUGAUCUCAGCUUCCAGAAAACGUGACACCACACACUAAGUCACAGCUCAGCCUGUGCCUGAGAAGGACCACGUAGGCACUUGAUGUCCCCCCAGGGCAAAGACUGAACAAGAAUGUGUUGGCCUUUCUUGGCCAACAGAACAUGUCCACAGCACAUCCAACAGACCCUGGAGAGGCUGAUGUGGCCGAGAUCACCAGUUGCUCUUUGACGGUCCUCAGCUGCCACCACUGGGCCUCAAACUCACGAUUCUUCUGCCUCAGCCUCCCAGGUGCUAUAAUUACAUGCAUGUGCCUUUAUGCCUGGCUUGCACAUUAAUGUCCAAGCAAAGAAUGA